UUACCAACACCAUGCCAAAUCUGGGCUAAGUCGCGACAAAAAAAAACAAAAAUCGGAAAAACGAGGAAAAUCAAACCGGAAUCGCGAGUCUGGGGCGGCCGAACGGGAAAGCCCGGUGAGGAGCAGCAUGACCUCCAUUCUGGACAUGAAGGCCGGUCCGCCCGACUACUGGGCGGAGAUCAGCAACUUCUUCCUGCCGCUGAAAUACCUGAUCACCAACGACCGCUUCGAUUCGCUGGUCCGGGACAUAGACCUCUAUUACCUUAUCAACGGGGUCUUCUGGAUAUUCGUGGCCUUGUCCUGCGGCUACUAUGCCUUCCAGCGCCUCUUCCAGUUUUUCCUAAAGUCGUCGAAUAUGAAGCACUUUCAGCGAAGGCUGUUCGCUCGCGUGAUCUGGAACAUCGCCUUCUAUUCGGCUAGCUGCCUGUUCCUGCACUUCUACAACGAGUUCAUGAUCCUGCCGCAGCUGAUGAAGAACCAGGGGCGCUACUCGCUGUUCUACUCCUCGGAAAACCUCAUCUUCUAUCGCUCGCACCAUGCGGAAAAGUUCCAGUUCUACUCGAUCUUCAUCAUCACGUUCUACCUGCAUGGGGCGUGGCUGGACUUCAAGGACGCCGAUUUCCUUGAGGUGGGCUCCAAGGGACUUUACCUGCUGUCCCUCAUCGCCAUCGAUGUUUACAGGUACGAAAACUAUUUUGUGGGCCUGAAUCUGACUGUGGGGCUGUACAGCAUACUCACCGAGGUGCUGGCCCUGCUGGUCCUGCCCAGCACCAAUUCACACCGGAUCAUCUACCAGGUCUUCCUCGGCUUGCGGAUCGUCGUGUGGGCGUAUGUGUUCGUUAACCUGCUGCCCUUCAAGUACUUCAUACCCACGCUGUUCGCCAAGAACUUCAAGCUGCCCCUGAACGUGGCCAUUUGGUUGUGGUACGGCCUCUCGAUCUGGAACUCCCCGGUGCUGCAGUACUUCUACCAUCAGAUAUAUCACACAGCGCCCUCGGAUUGUUCGGGCGAAGGAUCGGCGGCCAAGUGCAUCCUGGUCAAGGACACCAGCGAGUUCCGUCACUACAAGACGCUGAAAAAGGCCUAUUUGGAGGUGAAGCUGGCCCACAUAAGGACCACGUCCAACUCGCUGCCCUCUGAAACCAGUUCGGCCUCGGCCAAAACCUUCCAGGCCAUAAAAUGCGUCAUGAUGCUGAAGCGCAAGUUGAAGCGGAUUCGCGAGGGACGUGGUCAUGAGCCGGAGGAUGAGAAUGAUGACCUGGCCAACGACGCCUAAUCUCGUCCAGCAGCAAGGACGUCGCACACUCUUACACACGUAGACACACAUUUCCUUAAACCAAAAAAGACACAAGUUCUGCUUAGGCUAAAAAAUUCACAAAGUUAAAACUACCUCCCACUGGCUAUAUGUAGCGCGCUCUCUCUCUCUCUCUAUCUCUCUCUCACACAUGCUAGUUAAGGUUUAUGCGCGUUUGCCAAAUCGUGAUCAACAGUGCGUUUGGCAAAGUUCGUAGAAAAUCUCAAAUCAUAAACAAAAAGUUGGCCAUUUUCUGAUGAUUGUCAACAUAAUUAUUUAAAUAAAUUUUUACUAGCUAAUAUAACACAAUUUUAUGUCAAAUUCAAAGAUUACAGAAUUGUCAAUUUUUCAACGAAUUGAAUGUAAAAGUUUUAAAAAGUUCUGAUUUUUCUUUCAAACAUUUAUUAUAAAAAAUGGCAAGCCUUGAUUUUAUUAAAUUUAUAAAUACAUAUUGAUAAAAUUUAUUCUAUAUAAUAUACUUAGCUCCAGAUUAAAAACUCAAAUCAAAAGGUUCGUAAUAUUUCAAUGAACCAUAACCUAACCCAUAGCAGCUUGCCAUUUUUCUAAUGGUUGUUAACAUUACUGUCUCAAAUAAUAAUCUAAAUCAAGAUUGUGAAUGAAAAAUCAAAGAGUGAAGAUAAAAAGACUAAUAAGAAUCUUGAUUUUCAAAAUCUUAACAAAAAUAAAGUGAGGCUCAUAAUAUUAAUCUCAUAGAAAUAUUUAAAAUAAUUAUAUAAUAGUUUAGAGUUUGAUAGUUGCCAAACGCACUGUUCUAAAUGUACUUAUUCGUGAUAAGCGGUACGGUGUGUUUCCAUAUUAGCGAAAAUUGAAUACACUGCUAUAACUAGUUAACAAAUUAUUUAUUAAACCUCUAGGUAAAUUUUUAAUCUUAACCAACCACGAUUUGGACAACACGCAUAAACCAAGCGGCUGAAAAGACCUUAGCAAAAUAAAAUAGAAUUGCCCGAUUUUUGGCGCCAACGGAGAUCGCUUCGGCAGAUAUAUAUAGUUACUAUAUCUCUCCAACUCUCUCUCUUCCUCGCACACACGAACGCAGUUUCUCUCUCCUUUAGAUUUGUAAGUCGCCUUCAACUUAUUGUUGUUGUUUAUUCGCUGUGACUUAAUGACAUAUUGAAAUAUUGUAAUGUGUUUUUUUUUGUUCCUUUUAAUUGAAAUAUACUAUAUAUGGGCUAAACGAGCGCAAUUGAAA